AACGGAUUUGUAGUGUUGUGCUCUCCGUCGUGUUCAGCGGCAGCAACGUUUGAUUUGAACAUUUCAAACAUCUUCCAGCUCAGGGAUCAUGAGUUUGUCUCUCAGAACUGACCUUGCUGCAGAUAAAGCCAAACGUCGGAAGAGGAGAGAGCUCACCGAAGACCAGAAACAUGAAAUCAAAGAAGCGUUCGAGUUGUUUGACACCGACAAAGACAAAGAAAUCGAUUACCACGAACUGAAGGUGGCAAUGCGUGCACUCGGCUUCGAGGUGAAGAAGGUGGACGUUCUGAAGAUUCUUAAAGACUAUGACAGGGAGGGAAACGGAAAAAUAACCUUUGAGGAUUUCAAUGAAGUAGUGACUGAUCGCAUCCUGGAGCGAGACCCAAAGGAGGAGAUUGUGAAAGCCUUCAAGUUAUUUGAUGAUGACGAAUCAGGAAAGAUCAAUCUGAGAAACCUGAGGCGUGUGGCAAGAGAACUCGGGGAGAACAUCAGUGAUGAGGAGCUGCGCAGCAUGAUUGAUGAGUUUGACACAGACGGAGAUGGAGAGAUAAACCAGGAGGAGUUUCUGUCCAUCAUGACUGGAGACUCCUGAUGAGGAGACUGUGUCUGAAGCUGUCAGAUGUAAGCUGGGGGCAUUCUGUUGGACUGGUUUUCCAAUCCGAGUGAAACUCAAAUGUUUUUGACUUUUACAUGUGGUGUAACUUCACCUCCAAAGUUUGGAUCAAAGGCCGAACCUUUUUUUUUAUGGAUUUGAUUCAUUACAUUCAGAAACGGAUGUGCUGUGUAUUCUGUAACAUAGGUUUCAUACUGUAGCUGACCAUUUCUGACUGGUUGUAUGUGCAGUUUUCAUAGCAAAUAUAUUUGAAUGUGCUAUUUAUUUUGUAUAAAAUAAAAUGGUUUGGCCAGCAA